GGAUGCAGUCUCGGGCUGGGAGUUACUCUUGAACGAGGCCCUAUGCUGUCGGCGCUGGAGUCGCUGUGCAGUCGAGCAGUUUACAGCAAGGCUGGGCGCCCCGACACCACUGCGUCCCCCACCCCCUUAGCUGUUUACACAGAUUCCUCUGGAUAUCACACCAGCCUACACGGACAGAGAAGCACACGAGAGACCGGUGAGCGCCCCCAAAAAGCUCCGCUUCUUCUUAUUGUUUUCUACAGCGAGAAAGGGUCCGUUUUUCGGAGCUUGUUUUUUGGCGCUCAGACAGAGUGACCGAGGAAAGCGGAGACAGUUGGAUUUGUCUGGUGCGGUGGUGGAGAAAGGGAUUUAAUCACUGGCUUAGCAAACGCAGAGGAACUGGGCCGUCCUUUUUCUGAGGAAUUCCGCGAUUCUUUCUACGGGUUUGAGCCACUUUUUUUCUCGGUUAUAAGGCAUCCUAAGUGUGGUGGCACCAUGAUAUUGUGAAGCAUGAAUGAAAUCCAGCUGCUGUGGAGGGAACCAGGAACAUUAAUGGCCAGAUCUAGAGAUCAAAUGGUCUUCUAAAGAAGCCAUGGGUAGCUGUUGUAGCUGUCCAGAUAAAGAAUCUCUCCCAGAUAACCAUCAAAGCAAGUUCAAGGUGAUUAAUGUGGACGAUGAUGGGAACGAGCUGGGUUCUGGCAUAAUGGAGCUAACGGAGGCGGACUUGAUUUUACACACCCGCAAGCGUGAGGCUGUGAGAUGGCCCUACCUCUGCCUCCGUCGCUACGGAUACGACUCCAAUCUUUUCUCCUUCGAGAGCGGCCGCAGGUGCCAGACUGGGCAAGGAAUAUUUGCAUUUAAAUGUGCUCGUGCAGAAGAGAUAUUCAACAUGCUGCAGGAAAUCAUGCAGAACAAUAGCAUAAGUGUUGUGGAAGAGCCAGUAAUGGAACGAAACCACAACCAGACAGACUUGGAAGCUCCCAGGACACCCCGCACUCCCACCACCCCUGGUUUUGCUGCCCCAAGUCUACCCAAUGGAUGCCCCCGUUACCCUUCAUGUGGAGAUGCCUCCUCGCGCCCCUCGAGCAGACACCCGUCUGUAGGAAGUGCCCGCCUUCCUUCCGUGGGGGAGGAGUCCACACAUCCCUUACUUGUAGCUGAUGAACAAGUCCACACGUACGUGAACACCACGGGGAUGCAGGAGGAGCGGAGGAACCGGCCGAGCAGCCACAUGCCUCUGGAGCUCCGGCUCUCCAACACUGAGAGCAUUGGCAGUGGCGGGGGUGGGCAGGCCGCGCAGGGUGACUUGUGUCCUGCAGAGGAGGGGGAGCCCCAAGUCUUGCUCGAGCCUGAGGGUGUCAGGUUUAUUCUAGGACCAACGCCUGUUCAGAGACAACUAAUGGAGAAAGAGAAAGAAGAGACCAGGGCUGAGGACCAAGCUAGCGGCAGGGCUGCGGUUACAGGGGGUUGUGUUAAUGGAGUGUCUGCUGGCAGUGCCAGCACGAACACCACAGACUGGGACACUGGCUACGACAGUGACGAACGCAAGGAGGCCUCUUCCAAUAACAAACUGGUGUACGAGAACCUGAACGGCUUUUCCCUGCCUAGCGCGCCUCCUCCCCGAAGGGGCAGGAUUCCCACACCGAACGGCUCGGACACUCACAACGCUAACAACUCCGCUCAGAGGAGGACAGCUCUGCUAAACUAUGAAAACCUCCCCUCGCUGCCUCCUGUGUGGGAAGUUUCGAAACCAAGCAAGGAGGAGGAGGAGGAGGAGGAGGAGGAGGAGGAUAGUUUUGGACCAAAGACGCCGGCUCUUAACGGAUAUCACAAUAACCUCGACCCAAUGCAUAACUACGUCAACACAGAAAAUGUAACCGUUCCGCAAAGCGCCAACAAGCCAGAGGUUGCAAGGCGCCGGGACUGUACCCCAACAGUAUUUAACUUUGACUUCAGGCGCCCCAGUCUAGAUCACAGACAGCUGAACUACAUUGAGGUUGAGAUGGAAAGAGGCAGUGACUCCAGCAACCCACAAACCCCCAAAACACCCACCACUCCUCUCCCCCAAACUCCCACCAGACGAACAGAACUGUACUCCGUUAUAGACAUAGAACGGACUGCUGCAAUGUCCAGUUUGCAGAAAGCACUGCCACGAGACGAUGGUACUUCAAGAAAGACACGACACAACAGUACUGACCUGCCUAUGUGAGCCUAGAAAGCACUAUUUUAUAAGUUGCACCUUUUUUUUUUUUUUUGGAAGUUUUAAAGAAUACUGCAAAAAACAAAAAAAAUAAUGAAGACAGCCAGGGCUUCAGAUGCUUUUUUUUUUUUUUUUCCCUUUCCAAAUAUAAUAACUAUAAAUAUAACCUUUAGAGUCUAACCCUAGAGGAGGAGUUGCACUGUGUACUUUGUGUGAACUUUAAAGUGAACUGAAGUAGAGCAGGUACAUGUCAUUCAUAUAACACUAUUUUAUUCUAUGCUAUUUACAUCAUUCAUUUUCAGCACCUAUUUAAUUCAGUAGAAUUGGUGUGAAAUGCCAGUAAUAUGAGCGAUGACGUUUUUGGUCACAUAGCCCUCUUCCUUGUGUAAGUCAGUGUUGGCUUUAAAAAAAAAAAAAAAAAAAAAAAAAAAAAAAAAGUGCAGCUUUGUUUUAAAAUGCAACACUUUAUAAUAAUGCAGAUUUGUGUGUUGCAUUGUUUGGUACUACUGUAGCAAUGCAUCUCCAUUUAUAUACUGCCAAAUCUCUGAAACGAGCAAAGAAAGAGACAAGAGGACGGUACAGAAACACUAACUGAAUGUGUACCAAAACUAAGGUUCGAUUUUUAUUAGUGCAAUUUUGUUUCAGUUCCACCCAAAAGACCUUGUGCUUUCAGAGGACGGCUGACAUGCUUUUAAAGCCCUUUACAUGCAUGCAAGCAAAAUUGAAACAAAUUAAUGGGAGCCUUUUUAUAAACUGUUGAGCCAACAAUUGUUUCUUUUAAUUGACUUGCUGUUACACCACAGUAGUGCUCAAUAUCAUACUGGUAAUUAAAAUGCAAACUCUAUUUUGUAUGAAACUGUCAAACAUUUUCAUAGGAUCUGGAAUCUCAAGUUCAUCCUUUCAUGUUUUUAUCUUUGCAUUGUAUUAUAUUGUAAGAUUUAUUGUGUAUUCUAACUUGGAUUAUAUUAAAAAAAAAAAAAAAAAAAACUUCCUACCUUUAAACAACUAUAGGAACUGUGUAUGAAUGUAGUUGUAAUAGAUUUGUUUAAUAAAACAUUGAAUUUAUAGUUUUAAAUGAAAUGAGGAUAUACCCUUGCCAAACAAAGUCUUAGACAAAGGAUGCUCUGAAUGUUUCCACAUUUGGGUUCAUUUCAGCUGUAAACAUUCCUUAAUGUGUGUGGUGUGUUUUUGGACAAGUUAAAGGUACAUACUAUGCAGAAAAGUAACCAACACUCUUUUUUUAAUUUAUUUUUUAUUUAGCUGUGCCACAUCAAUGUACAAGCAAUUAAAUUAGUUUAUUUUGAUGUUUGCAUUUUCAGGUAUGGAUAUAGUUUAC